AUGUCACAAGUGUCGCCGGCGCCAUCAUCGGCACCACCGUCGGCGUCUCCGUCAACAGAUGCCGACGAGCCGGAGAUAGAUGUGAUUUCGAGCAGCGACGACGAGUCGGAACCGAUUUAUAUACCGAGAGAGAAGGAGCCGGUGGUGAUUCGUGGAGUGGGGAAUAUCACUGUAUUCGGAAUGAAUUCCCGCUUCAACACUGAAUAUCCCGAUCAACUCACCGGUUACAUUGCUCCAGAAGAGCUUUCAGCCACACUGACACGUGUCAAUUCUGUAUUGAAACGACACGUGCAGACGUCGUCGCGUUGGCUUCUUUGUGGUUUAGCGUUUUGUUGUUGCUCGUUGGGUUGUUCGAUGUGGCCAGUGUUGUGUCUGAAUCGACGAACGGUUCUCGCGCUGGAAAAGUGUCUCGACCACGAAAACGUCAGUCUCUAUCACAAAUUGGGUCUCCACUGGUCACUGGCUCGUCGUCCAACGGAACCGUCAGAGCGUCUUACAGAAUAUGUGCUUGAGCUGAAAAUUCUGCCCAAAGCUGCCUUAAAUAUCCCUGAUUGA